AUGGAAAAUUUGCAAAUGGCAUUAAGGUAUCGACAUGAUGACGAGAAUAGUGGCAUUAAAAGUUUCCUUCGAGGUAAAAGUACGAGGAAUCAACGAAUUGAAUCUUUUUGGCGACAAUUUAGGCAGCGCAUGAUUGACUUCUACAUUACUCUAUUUAAAGCAAUGGAAGGAGAAAACAUUUUAAAUGUGACUAAUCCUCUGCAAGUCGAAUGUUUGAGGUACUGCUUUGGAGAUCUUAUUAAAGAAGAAAUUCAAAUCACAGUUAAAGAAUGGAAUCAACACCUGGUAAGAAAGCAAAAGAACAGAAAUGUUGCAGGUGGCAUUCCAAAUCUACUGUACAAAUGUCCAGAAAAGUUUGCUUUCGAAGAUUACAAAAAGGAUGUGGAUUCAGAUUAUGUGCUGCGUUUGCAAGAACAUUUCACUACGGAACCGCGUUUAGUAUCAUUAGAGUUUGAGAAAUUAGCAGAUGAGUUAUUAAAAAAUCAACGUAGACCAACAACAGUUGAUGAGGCUUAUAUUUUAUAUUUGAAUCUUAAUAAAGCAAUUCAAAUGUUGGAAGCUUCAAAUGAUGAUUGA